GAUGUAGUGAAUGGUCGGUAUCUGUUUUACUAUAUAAGCUGAUAAAAUUUAGUUAAAAAAUCAGUAUCAACCAUCAAGUUGAAAGUUACCAAUCUAACAAUAUCAACAUGAAGUUCGCUAUCACUGCUGUUGCCUUUUUGGCUUUUAUCCUUGGAGCACAAUCUUCGUAUAUCCCUAGUAACAUCCUUGGACUUGGUCUUAAUGGACUCGGUCUAGGUGUUAACCCACUUGGUUUGACACAAGUUGGACUUGGACUAAAUGGACUUGGUCUAGGAAUUGGUGGAAUUAAUACAUUAGGACUCAAUACUCUAUUAAGCCCUCUUGGAUUGGGUCAUCGUGCUGAUCUAUCUGGAGUUGCUGUUGGUAUUCCUGGACAAUCAUUGUCUCAAGGACCAGCUAUUUUAGCUGCUCCUGCUGCAGCUAUAAGUCUCGGUCACCGUGGAAUUAUUGCACCAGGUGCAACUUAUGUUGCCAAGACCCGUGGUGCAAUUCACACUGCCCCAUUGGACGGACACAUUAACUCAGCUGCUUCAAUCAAUGUUGCCCCAGCACCUGGAACUUUGUAAAAAAAACAACUAGAUCUCUCUCAAAACGGCUUUUGUACAAUAAAACCUAAUUAUAAUCAAUUUGCAAUGUAAAAACGAGUCAGUUAAAUAAAGUUAUUUUGUUUAUUGACCAAAGUAAAUAAACUUGUC